GAAAGCUAAAGAAAUGAGCUGUUAUAAUAAAACUGAGCCGUGAAAACGGGUUCUGGUAACCACGGGGAUGCGCGUAAAUGACGUCAUAUCGCGGCGGUGCAUUGUGGGAUUGCGGAGGAGUGGGGUGGUGAAUGGUGCAACAUAACUUCAGAAAUGGACGUGUUUUUAAUGAUCCGGCGUCACAAGACGACCAUCUUCACCGACGCAAAGGAGUCCACAACUGUUUAUGAGCUGAAGCGCAUUGUCGAGGGCAUCCUGAAGAGACCGCCUGAGGACCAGAGACUUUACAAGGAUGAUCAGCUGCUAGACGACGGUAAAACACUGGGAGAUUGUGGCUUCACUAGUCAGACAGCCAGACCUCAGGCUCCCGCCACAGUCGGACUCGCCUUCCGAAUUACUGACGAUGCAUUUGAGCAGCUCCAAGUGGAUCCGUUCUCAAAUCCUCCUGAGCUUCCUGACGUGAUGAAGCCUCAGGAUUCAGGCAGCACAGCCAAUGAGCAGUCUGUGCAGUAAAAACACAACACAGCACAGCAGGAGGAGGAGGAGAAAUCUGCCGCUCUGUUACGACGAGGUUCCACCUGGACUGAGCACUCAGAAGGGGUUAAGGGGUUUCAGAAACCAAAAACAGGACACAGCCCCCCCCAUCCUACAUAUACACACACACACACGUGCACACACACACACAAACAUACACUUCAUCCAGCUUAUUACAUUUCCUUGUUAACUCUGGACUGACACAUAUUUCCACUUCACUGUGUCUGACACACACAUACGCUCUUACUUUAAACCCGAACGCGGCUUGUUUUUGCAGUGUAAAGAUGUUUGUGUUGUAAGUGUUCAUUAAAACAGAAAGAAAGCGGCGCUUGUGUUUUGCAGUAAGAGAGAUUGUGAUGUUCGAGGGAGACGCAUGCGGGAAUUACAGCGUAUUUUUCACUCGAGCCUGCAUCCAUAGUGCAUUAUGUAAUUUAUCUUUUCCUUUCUUUUUUUUUUUAAUUAUGAAUUAAGCAAACCUUUUAGGCACUGAUAUUAAAAAUCUAAAUUUUACAUCUGUUGUCUUUCUGUAAUUUUUUUUUUAUGUUGUAUUAUUAUGUUCUAUAAUUAUGCUUAUGGUGAUGAGGAAAUACAGUGUAUAUGUAUUAAAAAUCCCAAAUUGGGUGCGUUAAAUUUAAUGGCUCCUUGAUUCCACAGUCCUGUCUUUCAGCCUGUCACCCAGACAUCAAUUCAAUCCCUCACAGCAGAACGGGAGAAAAUGUCUGGUCUCUUUACAAAGACCUGUCCUGUUUUUAGUGAUCGUCAGUUUUUCGUUUUGACAUCUUGUUCAUUCUGAGAUCCUCUUCUGUUCACCACGAGGUGAUUUACGUUACCUUGCCUUCCUCUCAGCUCAUAUCAGCCUGGCCAUUCUCUUCUGGCAUUCCUCAUCAACAAUGUGCUUCAACCCAUAGAACUGCUGCUGACUGGGGUUUUUUAUUUUUGUGCCAUUCUGUAUGAACUUUACAUUUUGUGUUAAAUUUUCAAAAUAAAGUAGACUGUGAGUGUA